GCAGAGGUAUAUAUUUUGGUAUAAGGUACUAGGUACUAGUUAUUCUUUACUAUUUGACGCACUAUAUCAGUUUAUUCAUAACAUAAAAUGACACAGAAGAUAAAAGUUCAUCAAACAAAUUAUUUUUACACUAUUGCUGCAUAUUAUGGUACGCAUGUACAGACAAUAAUUAUUUUAUCAAUAACAAUUCUUCUACAAACACAUGCACAGUCACCAUUUUUACACACAGAUGUAUUUCCAUUAACAAAUGAAGAUUAUAUGAGAAGAUGUGCACCGGUUGUAAUGUGUAAUCCAAACUCUAAGUAUAGAAGUUUUAAUGGAUCAUGUAAUAACUUAAGAGUACCUACUUGGGGCGCAUCUAAUACUCCAUUUUUGAGACUCCUUAAUGCUGAGUAUAGUGAUGGCAUUUAUAAAUUUCGACAACAAUCAAACGGGUCACAGUUACCAGGAGCUAGAGAAAUUAAUACACAAUUAUUUUUGAACAAUCAAUGGUACGAUUUUGAUGAACUAAAUGUAUUGUUAAUGCAAUGGGGACAAUUUAUAGCUCAUGACAUAUCCCUUUUAAGACCAGAUUUAUCUGUCGCUGAUUGUUGCGGAGUUCAAAAUAUAUCUAAAACACCAACUCAAUGUCAAAAUGUAAUUAAUAUACCCAAAAAUGAUCCUAUUUAUUUAAAUUAUAACAGAUCAUGCAUGUCUUUUAACCGCGCAGUAACAUCGGCUAAUUUCAGUUGUCCAUUGAUGCCAGCUACAUUUAUGGUCGAAGUCUCUCAAUAUAUUGAUGGAUCUCAAAUCUAUGGAUCUAGUGAUACAAUAGCAGCGGGGCUAAGAUCGUUCAUAAGCGGAAGACUCCGAUCUGAUAUUCUUAAGAACAACCAAAAUACUCAAGUAGAAGAAUUUUGUCCUCAAGUGAAUCGAACAACAUUACAAUGUGACUCAUCGACAAAUUCUAGAGUUUGUUUUCAAGCUGGAGAUAUUCGCAUAAAUCAAAAUUUGGGGAACGCUCUUCUUCAUAAUUUAUUCUUAAGAUUCCAUAAUCAUUUAGCAUCCAAGCUGUUGUACUUGAACCAAUUUUGGUCCGAUGAAAUGCUCUAUCAAGAAACUAGAAAGAUUAUUGGAGCAGUUAUUCAACACAUUACUUACGAUCAUUAUUUACCCAUUAUAUUAGGAGAAACGUACGCAGAAUACUACGGUUUAUUUACUCCUCAAACGAUGUAUAAUGAGAGAAUAAAUCCAUCUACAUCUUUAGAAUUUGCAGCUAGUUCAUUUCGAAUACUUCAUAACCAAAUUCCAGCUCAACUGAACUUUAUAGAUAAAAUGUACAAACUCGCAUUUCAAGUUAAUUUAACAGAUUGGAUGGAUAGACCGGAUUUGUUACCUAUGGGAAAAAAUGUUGACUGGUUAACAAGAGGACUUGUUGAAACUCCAGGUCGUGAAUAUCAACCAUCAUAUAAUCAAUUGAUUUCGAAUUUCCUCUUUCGUUUUAAUUUGCCGGACAUUACUGGCCAAGAUUUAUUAUCAACUGAUAUACAGCGAGGCCGAGAUGUCGGUUUACCAGUUUAUAAUGAAGUCAGAACUAUUUGUGGAAUACCACGGGCCAAUUCGUUUGAUGAUUUGUUGGAUUUAAUACCUUUUAAAGCUGUACAAAUAUUAAAAACACUUUAUGCAACAGUACGCGACAUAGAUUUACAUGUAGGGGCAUUACUUGAGGUACCAGAAGAAGGAUCCAUGGUUGGACCUACCACUAGAUGCAUAUUAUCUGACAGCUUUUUUAGAUAUAAGUAUGGUGAUCGCUUUUUUUACGAUGUACAAGGACAACCUGGUAGUUUCACACAAGAACAACUAAAAACGAUAAAACAAAUUAAUUUAGGUCAUGUCAUAUGUGCAACAACUAAUUUGUUUACUCUACCUUUAGAUAUUUUUAAAAGUUUACACGAUUUUUCUUCGAUUAAAUGGAAUUGUGAUGAACAUUUCAAAAUAGAUCUAGAAGCAUGGAGAGAAUUCAAGUGAUAGUAAAUAUUAUAAUAAAUUGAAUUUUAUGAAGAUAAAAAAUUAAGACCAACAAUGCAACAAUAUACAAGGAAACCGCCAUUGGGAUUCAACAAAACGUCCAAUAGAUAUGUUGUAAUAAUAUUUUUUAAAUAAAUCCACAUACUUCACACAUUGUAAAUAACUAUAGGUAUAAUAUACCUAGUGUCCUAGUCUAUAAUUACUGUAAAUAUGUAUAAGUUAAUACCUACCUAUAGUCUAGAUGGCAAAUUUUUUGAAUUGUAAUAAGAUUGUAAGAAUAAAAAUAAACAUAUUAUAAUAACUUAUAAGUAUAACAAAUCUAAAUUAUGUUUUAUUUUUUAAUUUACAAAAGAUUUAAAGAAAUUGUCUGACUUAUUUAGUUUAAUAUAGUUACACAGUGUAUUAUAAACAGUUAAUACUUACUAAUGAGACUUAAUUGGUAUCAAGAUUAGUAUAGGUAUACAAUGAGAUUAACCAAAUAUUCUCACCGCCAUCACUUCCUUUGAUUCCUUUUUGAUUUUUGAAAAAAAUUAAGUACACUUAAGGACCAUAUUUUUAAAUACUUAGAUAUUUUAUGUAAUUUGAAAAAUGUUAUGUGGUUGCAACAAAAUUCUAAAUAUUUUUUUUCAAACGAGAACCGCGAUGGAGAAUAAAUGUUUUUUACUG